GAAGCAGCAGAAAAGGCAAGGAAAGAAGCAAUGGAAGCUGAGCUCAAGGCUGCAUCAGCAAGGGAAGCAGCAGAAGCAGCAGCAAGGCAAGAAAGAGAAGCUGCAAGACUUGCAGCUUCAACAUCACAAGGUGCUGAGGAGGAACAUGUGAUGGCCUUAGAAGUUGUACUCCCAGAAGCCACUAAUCAGACAACAACAACUAGGAGGUCCCUAUUUCCUGGAGAUGCUCUGGAGGUUGAAGUGCAAGCACCUAGGAAGAUGACUCCAAAGAAGAAAAAGUUGGCAACUAAGGUGAAGAAGACACCUGAGAAGAAAGGAGCCACAAAGAAGAAAUGACCAGCCUCACUCUUCUUCUUUUGCCAAAACAAUCUUUUGAACGGCCAAAACUGUCUCUUGCAUGGCCUUAUUAUUAUGUAAUGUUAGGCACAAACCCACUUUGUUGGAGAUGCUAGAUGAUGGUCUGUAAUGCCACAAAACAAUAUGUAUGCCAACAAUUGCUAUCUAAUGUUAGGGAUGUUAUGGACUCAAGUUGCCAGAAUAUGUUUCAUUGCAAAUGGUUCAUACAUCAGGUUCAUUGCAAGAGAUUCAUACAUCUGGUGCAUUGCAAAAGAUUCAUACAUCAGAUAAUGGUUCAUACAUCAGGCUCCAACAAACACAAUGCUCAACUCAAGCCAUUACAACUGAUC